AUGUCGUCCUCAACCGCCGGUCCCGCGCGGACCCCCGGGGGCGACGUCGACGCGGCGAAGCUGGCCGUGCUCAAGGAGCUGCUGUACGAGCGAUGCCGCGAAGAGGGCGACAUGUUCUCGCAGGACGACCUGCUGCGCAUGGACGUGAUCCCCAACCGCGACCUGCUGCUGCUGGCGCGCGUGGUGCAGUCGCUCAGCGACGACAAGCUCUUCAUCACGAUGAGGGAGGCGUCGGGCCAGGUGCUGUGGAAGUGGCGCGACAAGCAGGAGGCGCACAAAUACAAGCAGUGCACGACGGACGAGCAAGUCAUGGUCUACUCGCUCAUCGACGACUCCGGCGGCGACGGCAUCUGGACGCAGACGCUCCAGAAGCGGCUCAACAUGCACGACUCGGUCCUCAAGAACGCAAUCAAGCAGCUCCAGGCAAAGGGCCUCAUCGCGCCCUUCAAGAACGUCGAGCACCCCAACAAGAAGAUGUACAUCAAGGCCUCCAUCCGGCCGAGCGACCGCGCCACGGGAGGGCCCUGGUACACCGAUCAGGAUCUCGACGAGGCCUUCAUCGAGGACCUGCAGCGCGUCGUGUUUGACUUUAUCAAGCGGCAGAGCACCUACCACAGCACGCACGGCGGCGCUUCGAGGGCGGCUUCUUCGAAACCGGCACUCCUCCCCUUACCAGCAGGCUACACGGCCUACCCCACCGUCCGCGACAUCGCCCGCCUGCUGUCCUCGAGCGGCAUCACCAACAACACCAUCCUGUCCGAGGGCGACGUCAAGAAGCUCGUCGACGUCCUCGUCUGGGACAACCUCGUCGAGCCCGUCAAGGUCGCCGGCAGGGUCGGCUACCGCGUCUCCCGCAUCGCCCGCCAGUCCGUCGAGAGCUGGGCCGGCCGCGACGACCCCACGGGCCGCGCCGGCGGGCCCGAGCUGUACGUCAGUCCCCUCACCGAGGCGCCCUGCGGCCGGUGUCCCGUCUUUGAGCUGUGCGAGGAGGGAGGCCCCGUCGGGCCGAGCAAUUGCGAGUAUUUCCAAAAGUGGCUGGGCAAGGAGGAUAUUUUCUAA